AUGAACUCCUCAGAUUCGGAGGAAAUGAUGAUGUUCUCCUCAGAUUCGAGUGACGAAGAGGAUGAGCUGCUUGUGCUGAUUGCCAUCGAGGAGGAAGAAGCAGCAGCUGCGCGUCGUAGCAGGCAGCGUGGGUUGAUGCCCGGCCAUGCGGUUAUAGACCGGCAACACCGCGAAGGUGCUGCUAGGCUGUACAACGACUACUUCGCCGACAACCCUGUGUACGGCGAUAUCCUGUUUCGUCGGAGGUUUCGUAUGUCGCGGCGGUUGUUCUUGCGUAUUGCGGCCGUUGUGGAGGAGCAUGACACCUGGUUCAGGCAGAGAAGGGAUGCAACCGGCCUUAGCCCCUUGCAAAAAAUGACAGCGGCCAUACGGCAACUAGCAUACGGAGUCAGUUCCGAUGCAGUUGACGAGUACGUGCGGAUAGGAGCGAGCACGGCGAUGAUGACAUUACGGAAAUAUGUGCAAGCUAUUGUGGAGGUGUUCGGAGAAGAAUAUCUCCGGGCUCCCAAUGAAACUGACACCGCCCGUCUCCUGGCAGAAGGGGAGCGUCGUGGGUUUCCCAGGAUGCUCGGGAGCAUCGAUUGUAUGCAUUGGGUAUGGAAGAACUGUCCAAAAGCGUGGCAUGGCGCGUACACAGGCCAUACUCGCAAGCCUUCUAUAGUUUUGGAGGCGGUUGCGUCGCUUAUCGAUGGGAGUGCCCCACCUGUUUCGUACAUCAUAAAUGGUAACAGGUACGACAUGGGAUACUACCUCGGCGAUGGCAUAUACCCCGAAUGGGCGACCAUAGUGAAGGCAAUUCCUGCUCCACGAGGCAACAAGAGCAUCCAUUUCUCCGCGAUGCAAGCUGCUCUCCGCAAGGAUGUCGAACGUGCAUUUGGUGUGUUGCAAUCUAGGUUUGCUAUUGUUCGCAGGCCGGCUAGAGUAUGGGAUCAGUCUACCUUGCAUAAUAUCAUGACCGCAUGCGUUAUUAUGCACAACAUGAUAAUUGAGGACGAGCGUGGUACCGCUUCCCCGGUGUAG